GUGGCGUUGUCCAGCGCAUCCGGUGAUGUAAUGAGUGUAUUUCACAUUCACGAAAGAUUCCGUCUACCAAAUAAAGAGUGCGAUCAACCAACCAACCGACAACUCGUCAUUGAUCAUGCUUUGUUAAUCGGAAGAUUUAGAUCGCGAUCGUACUUUGAUCGAAGAUAUAGAUCACAGCCGCAUCAG